AUGGCGGGGGCACCUUUGGUGUUGGUGAUGCUCGUGGUGGCGGUUGGUGUCGCGGCGGCGGAGCGUGGCGGAAAGCUGCAGCAGGGGUUCUACGAGCAGAGCUGCCCGCGGGCAGAGCAGAUCGUGAAGGACUACGUAGAGCAGCAAAUACCCCGGGAGCCAUCCGUCGCCGCCACCCUCAUCCGCACCCACUUCCACGACUGCUUCGUCAGGGGGUGUGACGCGUCGGUGCUGCUGAACGCGACGACCGGCGGCGGGGAGGCGGAGAAGGACGCGGCCCCCAACCUGACGCUGCGCGGCUUCGACUUCCUGGACCGCGUCAAGGCCCUCGUCGAGCAGGAGUGUCCAGGCGUCGUCUCCUGA